AUGGGUCCUGACUGAGAGAACGUGUGUGUGUGUGUGUGUGCGCUACAGCAGCUAUUGGAGCAGUUUACAAAAGGCAGAGUCUCGCGGACACACCUCGAGCUCCUUUUUAAGAAGUGGUCCGGGGACGCACCGAUGUGGCCUGAACCACUUUGUCAGCUGAAAUAUUAACUCGAGUUGGGAGAAGUCACGUCGGGGUCGACUUUGAGAUCCGUGUGACCCUGGUCUGUCGCUGUCAGCAGGGAGGAGCGUCAUGGCGGAGCCCGACUACCUGGAGGGGGACUGUGAUGAGCUCAUCAAACCCAAGAAGCUGAUCAACCCGGUCAAGAACUCCCGAAACCACCAGGACCUGCAUCGAGAGCUGCUCAUGAAUCAGAAGAGGGGUCUGGCUCCUCAGAACAAACCUGAGCUCCAGAAGGUUCUGGAAAAGAGAAAGAGGGAGCAAGUGCUCAAGGCUCAGAAGGAGGAGCAGGAGGCCCACAAGAAGAGGAGCGACCUGGAAAUAGAGCUCAUGAAAAGACAACAGAAACUAGAGCAGCUGGAGCUGGAGCAGCAGAAAAUCGAGGAGGAACAGGAGAACACUCCCGAGUUUGUGAAGAUGAAGAGCAACCUGCGCCGGACCAAGCAGGAGACUGACGGGGAGGAACGGACCACCUAAAAAAACCAGCAGGGGUGUCUGGGUCCGGCUGAUUGUGCGCGUGUUUGUGGGCACUGAGACGUCAGGAGUGUGUGUACAAAAGAGAGAGAGUGUGUCGUCUGCGGCGCACGGCGGUGACCUGACCGUGGUCCGAGACGAACUUCCUGGCUUUCCCAACCUAGCUGUUCCUUUCCCCGCAGUGAGGAGAGAGACUUUACAGACUAAAGACCCCCCCUCUGUCUGCCUGCCACGGACCGCCAGCACUCACCUCUGCUCCUCACACCCAUCCAGCAGCACACAGCACCCCCCGCAGGAGGGACCUAACACAGACAUGUUACAUGUACAACGCCUUUUAAACGAGGGCGAGCAAGCUUCCAAUGAGCUCUGAUGGAGAAAACAACCAAACACACAUGCAGGAGUUUUCAUCCCCUCUGUUUUCACUCCUCUCUCCACAGCAAGCUGUCGUUUCUCUUUACUGUUAUCGAUGUUGUUAUCGUGGUUGUUUUCUUUCUUUUCUUUUUUUUUCUUUUUGUUUGUUCCUCAGAAUCAAAUAAGGAAAAGUGGACACUGGAUGGACUCUUGAAGCUGUGUAAUGUAAAAGCCAAACAAAUGUGCUUUUGUUAUUUAUGUUUGUAGCUUUUAGCCCAGGUAUAGGGGAGGACACUUUUUAGUCGUUCUGUAUUUUUAGUUUUGUUUUACAGCAUAGUUUAUGAAGCCAGAACAGGACAAAGGGAGUGUACGGUCGUGUGAAACACUCACAUUUGCUUUAUUUUUUUUUUUUUUUAAAUUCCGAACAUGCCAUUUCCUCAGCUAAUGCAAUUUUGAGCAAUAGUAGAACUCCCAGGCAUGAGAGUGACCUUUUCUUUAUAUAUUCUGUUGUUUUGUAUGAAUAAAAAUGUUACUUAAUAAAUAAUUUAAGUUUUUGUUAGGGUGGUCAAUAAGAGCUCUGAGACCUGUCUGAUCAGUCUUUGUGUGAAUUUAUGAACAAAGGAUUAGUAGUUUUGGGAUAUCUGUGCAGCUCCUUCAUCACUGCAGUAUUUUAUGGAGCCAUGGAUGUGCAGACAGAUAAAUUACAUCCUUAAAUCUGAUUUAAAGUAGUCGUCAUCUGCAAAACUAUUUCACUCACGUAUGUUACACAAAUUCCAAACCGAUUACACAAUAUGGGAAACUGUGAUAACUUUGGAUGUCAAAGCGCACAUGUAGUGGUUUUUUAAAGAUCACACACAGUAACAAUAUGGGUCUAAAAUUCUGGUGAGUGGGUCUCCGGGAAGAAGCAAAUUUCUAACAACAUAACCCUGUGUUCUUCUCCAGAAUCCUCUUUUAAAUAAACUUAAUUUUAACACACA